UAAAGGGAAAAAAAUGGACAGUUUAUUUGGGCUUUAAGAGUAUGAAAAUGGUUGCCGUUUCAGCGAUGCUCUUCGGCUUUUCACACUUUCGCUCUCCUCUUUAACUUCACUCCGCCUCUUCUUCUCUCUCUCUCUCUAAGGAUUUUUCCUUCUGCGUUCGAUUUUCCGGUUGUAAACGGAGUUUGAUUGUGUUUUUGAUCGGAAUCUCAUGAUGUUGAGGUCGUGUUGCAGGCCGCUUGAGCGGUUUAUUGGACGGUGGGCCGGCGAUGGGCUGCUGUGGCAGUCGGAAUUGAAGGCUCAUGCUUCUGGUGAUUAUUCGAUCGCUGUUGUGCAGGCUAAUUCCUGUCUUGAGGAUCAGAGUCAGGUUUUCACGUCUUCCUCUGCUACGUAUGUUGGUGUUUAUGAUGGCCAUGGCGGCCCUGAGGCUUCUCGCUUUGUGAAUAAGCAUCUUUUUCCGUAUAUGCAUAAGUUUGCUUCAGAACAAGGUGGGCUAUCGGAGGAUGUUAUUAAGAAGGCAUUCAAUGCCACAGAAGAGGAGUUUCUGCGUUUGGUUAAGCGGGUUUUGCCUGCAAAGCCACAGAUUGCUUCAGUUGGAUCAUGCUGUCUUGUAGGUGCAAUUUCGAAUACGAAGCUAUACGUAGCGAAUCUCGGGGAUUCAAGAGCUGUGCUUGGCCGUAGAGUUUCGGAGAGUAAGAGAACACCGGUAGUCGCAGAACGGUUGUCGACUGAUCACAAUGUUGGAGUAGAUGAAGUUAGGAAAGAGGUUGUAGCACUUCAUCCUGAUGAUUCCCAUGUAGUUGUCUAUACCCGUGGUGUUUGGAGGAUCAAAGGCAUAAUUCAGGUUUCAAGAUCUAUAGGUGACGUCUAUCUAAAGAAACCCGAAUUCAACCGGGAUCCAAUAUUCCAACAAUUCGGGAACCCCGUUCCAUUGAAGCGAGCAGUAAUGACUGCCGAACCUUCAAUCCUAACUCGAGAGCUUAAACCUCAAGACCUAUUCCUGAUCUUUGCAUCAGAUGGCCUCUGGGAACAACUUACUGAUGAGGCUGCUGUGGAGAUAGUUUCCAAGAACCCAAGAGCAGGAAUUGCAAAGAGAUUAGUUCGUGCAGCCCAACACGAAGCAGCAAGGAAACGGGAGAUGAGAUACACCGACUUAAAGAAGAUCGAAAAGGGGAUUCGGCGUCAUUUCCACGACGACAUUACUGUCAUCGUCGUUUAUCUCGACCACAACAUAAGCUCACACACCCGUGGAGCUAAGAACGCUAUUGCCGGGUACACCACUGCACCUGUUGAUAUUUUCUCUCUUAACUCAAACUAUGAGGCAGAGGAAAAACUUCACACAAAGAUCUAAAGAAUUGAUUUUGAAAGGCAAAAUUAAAGAGAUACACAGAAACAGAAGGGUUGUUAGGUAGAGGAUGGGACAGGGUGGUUCAUCAGUAAAAGAAACAGAGUUGAUUAAAUGUAUAGAUAAUUUUUUAAGUCACUGAUUGCUGCUAAUGGGAAUCAGCUGGCUUUGAUAACUUUUUUUCUUGGUUUCUGAUUGGAUCUUUUUUCCACCAUUGACUUGCAAGAGGUUUAUGAAAUUCAAUAAUGGCAGGCACUUUUCCCCCUUUUA